AUUGACAAUGACAAACUGCACAAGUGAGUAGUGACACUGACAGUUCAAUAUAAAAGUUUCAUUUCAAAUUAUUUCUCUAGAGGUCGCUGUUUUUAAUGCGGGGCAGGGCCGAGCCUGAGUUUGAGAUUUGAAAUAUUCUAAUUUAUAUACGGAUAAAUUCUCUGCCAAAAGAUGGCAAAUAUACUCCUGCGUCGUGCAUUAUUAGAUGCAAUCAGAGUGCCGGUUGGAACAAGGGCUUCCAGUGAAUUGUCAAAGAUUGGUAACCGCGAAUGGGUAGGCUAUGGCUUCAAUGGACAGCCCAACUACAUGGACAGGGCUGACUACCCGCUACCUGCUGUGAGGUUCCGCCCUGAUACACCUGACAUUAAGGUUCUCCGUGAAAAAGAAAAGGGUGAUUGGCGCAAACUGACUGUGGAGGAGAAGAAGGCCCUCUACCGUGCGUCCUUCUGCCAGACCUUCGCUGAGUUCCAAGCCCCCACUGGAGAGUGGAAGGGAGCUUUCGGCUGGGCGCUCAUCCUUGCCUCUAUGUCUCUUUGGGCUUACAUGGCCAUGAAACUCUUUGUGUACUCUCCUCUGCCCGAGUCGUUCAGCGAGGAAAGCCAGAAGGCGCAACUGAAGCGUAUGUUAGACUUGCAAGUCAACCCUGUGGAUGGGCUAUCCUCCAAAUGGGACUAUGAAAACAACCGCUGGAAGUAAAGUGUCGGUGUGGUGCUUGGCUGUGGAGGUGCUUGCUAGCGGUAGAAUAGACAAUGUUAUUUAAGUGAAUAAAUCUGUAAGAUAAAUAAAUCGUGAUUCCGGUUACCUA